GUCGCCUCUCCUCUCGAACCGUCCGCUGAGCUUCCCGAUUCUCUUGCCCUCGUCUUCCUAGCCAGUCUUUGGAAAGCCCUUCUAAGCACAGCCUCAAGGAGAGGCCAGGGCUAAUCUAGCGGCCUAGCCUCUCCCCUCAUAUACCGUCAAGUUCUCCAGAAGUUACCCUAUCGUAUCGGGCUUGGCUUGAUACCUUGCGUAGCUUGUGGGGAGCGCAGCGCUUUGUUCGCGUUGUCAAAGACGGGAUAUUACCAUUCGUCUGUUUAGGAAACACAGCAUCCGUUUUCCUCCAAUUUGUCUUCCUAAUUUCAGUUUUUCACGCCACCACACAGCAAAUUUCUCUUUUCAGUUUGCAAAAUUUGCCUUAUAUAAACGGUUUGUCUGUACCUCGUACCUCUUCGCCACAUUGCACCUCUUCUACGCUAUCGACAUUUCGCGUUCAAAAUGGAAGUAGGCGAACACAUUGAAGACGUCAAGCCUGACGGCGAUCCGCCUUCGCAGAAUCUACGCCGUCUUCCGAACUUGUCCCAGGAAAUAUACGACAGUUUCAUCGACAUGCUCAAUAGCUCGGGUCCGACGGCAAGGGCGGAUCUUCAGGCAUGCGCCCUGACCUGCCGCGCCUGGCUCCAUCGUAGCCGCUCCAUACUCUACCGCCGUAUCCGUCUGAAACCCCUUACGAAUAUCGAACACUUUUUCGAAAUCUACACCCCUGAGCGGCUUCUCCCCUACGUACGCGAGGUGGCAAUAUCUGGAUGCUUGAUGCCCCACAUUUACCAUGGACGGGAUGCCGACUCUGGGCUUGGGCUCGGUGGCCAACCUGACCACGCUUGGAUAACCGUCAUUGUUCCCCUUCUCGCGCGAUUCAGCAAUAUCGAAUGGCUCGUCCUGAAUGACCUCAGCUGGGGUGAUAUUGAAACAUCCACACGACACUUUCUCCUUACCCAUUUUUCGAGCGCUCCGCGGGUCACCCUAUCCGCCAUCGAUUUUUGGAACUCGAAUCAACUCUUCCGAACAUUGCAGUCAUUCCCCCGCCUCGCCGGCCUUAGCUUGGAGUCCAUAUCGUGGCACAAAGCGAAUCACUCCAUGCGGCAGCUGACCAGACCAGAGCCGCUCACAUUACGUUACCUUCAUCUGGGCCACACCGAAUUUGCGCGCUAUGGUCCCUUCGUGCGCUGGAUGAUUGGAAAUCGGGACACAGUGACUGUGGACGAGGCCCUGAUCACAUGGGAGGAUACUGAAAUUCGAAGUCUUGUAGACCUCAUGAGGACAAUUGCGCCUUCGCUGAAAUUGCUGGUGUACCAACAGUCCGCCACGCUACCUGGAUCGCGCUUUGCAACGAUGAAUACCCAAGCUGCAAUGCCGGGUGCUGCGAUACAGCCUGCAGUUCACAAUGGCGGUCAGGCGGCUGCUUUAGCUCCGAUUCAUGAUGACCAUAUUGGUCAAGGCGAGCUCCCGCACGUCGUUGCACCCGCAAACAUUCUCGAUGAUCACGUCUUUGGCGGCUUCCAUGUUCAUCUUGGUGUACAAGAUCAUGAUUUCGGCUUCGAUGAUGAUGACGACGAUGACGACGACUCAGAUUCGAGUCCACCCCUUGAGCUUGAUGAUGAUGAGCCUGAGGAUCCAGAAGUUAUCGAGAAGAACGACGAGGAGAACACCGACUUUGUUCGCGAAGACGAGGCGAACCAAAGGGGGCUGGAGUUACUGAGACUUGCGCCUAUUGAACGAAGUGCGAUCGCGAGAAUCCUCGCCCGUAUCGUCUGGUCCACCAUGGCACCGUUUGGCAUCAAAUUGGUGUGCCAGCUGUUAUCAACUCGUACAAAGCUAUUUUCAUUGACGCUGCUUUUCCCGGCCGCCCAUCUCUGGCACACGGCGGAUUGGGGGACGAUCGAUGCAAUGCUUGAUGAUGCGACCCCCCGCGCGCCGAGCGGCACUUUGUUUGUCCUCGCGCUGCAGAGCAAUACGCAAGUCAACAUCAGCUGGGAGGAUUUGCGGAAGGUGAUGGCAGCUAAGUUACCAAGGCUGUUUGAGCGGAGAGUGUGGGGUGUAAGGUUUGGUAAGACUGUGUUGUGGCCCGGGUGUACUGUGUAGGAGGAUGACCCCAUCGUGGCGAAUAGUUGGUACGACAGGCUGGAGGUGUUCGCCUAGCUGUUGUAUAACACGAGUCUCUACGUAGUCAAA